CAGCAUGAUGUUCCUACGAGAGGAAGCAAGUGCCUGAGGAUGAAGAAGGCGGUGAAACCCAUCCGGUUCAGCUAUAAGAACUGCACCAGCGUCCUGACCUACAAGGCCCGGUACUGUGGUGUGUGUACGGACGGGCGCUGCUGCACCCCCCACAGCACCGACACGGUGCAGGUGGAGUUYCAGUGUGCUCAGGGUAAAGCCGUGAAGAAACCUGUGAUGUUCAUCAACACCUGCGCCUGUCACUACCACUGUCCCAGAGACAACGCUGUGUAUCGACCAUCAGACCUGGUCUACAGCGGUUACACGUUAUAACACUGUUACCAAUAGACACAACUAAAGUUUCUUCUAGUCAUCUGUGACAGUAGUAUUGUACUGUACUGUAGUCGGGCGACUCUAUAUGUUCAUGACUCUAAAUGUUCUUGACAUCAUAUCCCUGACGGUGUAUGGUUGGUCUCAGGAGGCAGAAUCUCAAUUGCAUACUUAUCGCGUCCUCUCUCCUCGCCUCCUUCUCAAAACCCAUUGGAUGAGAAAGCCAGAUGUCCCUCCCCUCUGACUUUCUCUUCCAAUGGGUUUUGAGAAGGAGGCGAGGAGAGAGGG